UACGGCCCACAGAAAUGUUCCUUGAGCUUCAAGUUCCAAGCAGUUUAUAUACAUUUGGCCCAUCCAUGCAAGGACUCGGGGGCUUCCUUUUUUUUGGUUUAAUCCUUGGAGCUUUCUGAGAGAUUUAGACUUUUCUUCUCUUGAGGUUCCAAAUUUAGAUACAUGGAUGAAGGUCUGGAGGAAAUGUUUCGUGGAGUCCCAUCGCCACGAGCCGAAGAUGCCGAUGAGCUCCGCAAAUCCGCAUCUCCCUCAACUGACUCCAGCGAAUCCAUGUUCUCAUCUUCAUCCGACCUCACAGAUGAUGCGACUUCCUCGUCUCCCAAGUCAUUCUCGCCAUCAUCGAAUCCAUCCAAAUUGAAUUCGGACGGACCUCUUUUCGAGCUAACUUCGCUCACGGCUCAGCUUCCCAUCCGGAGAGGGCUAUCUAAGUACUUCCAAGGGAAAUCACAGUCUUUUACAUCCCUGUCCGAUGCCAGAUGCGUAGAUGAUCUUGCCAAGAAAGAGAUCCCUUACAAGAAGAGGAUGAAACCAUGCAAAAGCUAUGCAGGAGGUCUCGAUGCAAGCCAAAAGCCAUGCUAUACACCAGGGCCUUGUAACAAGACCAUAGCCAAGAAAACUUCCAGGGGUUCUAGUGGUUCUCUACUUUCCAGGAGAAGCGGCAGUUGCCUUUUAUCUAUUAGCAAGCCACCUCCCAUACCUGUGAAUAAAAACCUGUAAUUGUUUUUGUAUUCAAUUAUAGAAUAUGAAGAAGAGAUGCUGCCUGAUUUCAUGACUCGCAAUUUAUUUCACGGGAGAAAUUAGGUAGCAGUUGUCGUGCUUCUUUAUUUGUAAUAGUAAUAGUUCUAUGAAUAAAAGAGCCACCGGUUCGGGGAACCACAAAGAGAAGUGGGACCCUUUCUUUAAGCA